ACAAAGGAAAGUGCUGGGUUCAGCGGCUGGGCACGGGGCCGGGGAGAGGCUUCCAGCUCGCCCAGCGCUUUGCAGGAUGUGAUGACUGGGCGGCCGCGCAGACACUGAUGAGCUGGCAGUUCCUUUGUGCGCCCGCCCGGGGGUCUGCCCUUGCCAGGCUAUAAAGUGGGGGCCUCGCGGCGCCCCGAAACACAAGCCCGCUCACUCCAACAAGAAGCAGCAGCUGCCCAGACUUGAGCCCACCACCGCGAUGUCUGAGACCACGAAACCCACUGCUCCCGGACAGGCUGCAGAGGAGAAGGAGAAGGCAGCUCCUGCGCCAACUCCAUCCCUCGAUCCUGCUCCUGUCGCAAACAGCAAGGGCGAGGAGCCCUCCCCAGAAGCCUUCAGGAUCGUCGUCUUUGACCAGGAGAACUUCCAGGGCAGGCAGAUGGAGUUCACCGCCGAGUGCCUGAACCUGAGCGACCGCGGCUUCGACCGGGUGCGCAGUGUCAUUGUCAUCUCUGGACCCUGGGUGGCCUACGAGCAGGCCAACAUGCGUGGGGAGAUGUUCAUCCUGGAGAAGGGAGAGUACCCUCGCUGGGACACCUGGUCCAGCAGCUACCGGAGCGACUGCUUCAUGUCCAUGCGUCCCAUCAAAAUGGAGGCUGAGGACCACAAAAUCUCCCUCUAUGAGUCUGCUGACUUCAAGGGCAACAAGAUGGAAAUCCAGGAGGAUGAUGUGCCCAGCCUCUGGGCUUAUGGUUUCUGCGACCGUGUGGGCAGCGUGCAGGUGCCCAGUGGAACCUGGGUCGGGUACCAGUACCCUGGCUACAGAGGCUACCAGUACCUCUUUGAGACCGGAGACUUCCGACACUGGAACGAGUGGUCUGCCUUCCAGCCCCAGAUCCAGUCCAUCCGCCGCAUCCGGGACAUGCAGUGGGACCAGAAGGGCACCUUUGUCACCCCCGACGCGCCCUCUGACUGAGCGUGCCGCCUGCUAGCUACGAGUCCCGGGCCCCGUGGGGCACCCCCGCCUCCCCUCGCGCUCGCCUGCCCAGCACUUUCCUUGUACAUUGCACAUUCCCUGGAUGUACUCUACCUUGUGAGGCAAAUUAAAAAAAACCAGAAGAUUAGAGCUUUUCGGGGGUCGGUGGUGCAUGAGCGCGGCCGUGGGACACUCCGCCUUCCCGGCCCAUGCCAGUCUUGUGCUGGAGCCGGGUGGGACAUGGUCUAGGGUGGUUUUCCCAGGGGAAUUGCUCCCCACACUGGGGCUGGGACAUGGGAGACUCUCCAUGUGGAGGAAAGGAG